AUGUAAGAAUCCACUCUUGGUAAUUAUACUAUAGGAAAUACAAUAGGAGAAGGUACAUUUGGAAAAGUUAAAAUUGGUACUCAUUAAUAGACUGGUGAAAAAGUUUUUUUCAUAUUUCAUACAAUUAGGUGGCUAUAAAAAUAUUAGAAAAAGCAAAAUUUUAAGAUGAUAGUGAUGUGUAUCGUAUAGCUAAAGAGAUUGAGAUCCUUAAAAAAUUAAGACAUCCACAUAUUAUUUAAAUUUAUGAAAUUAUAGAUACAGAUAAAGAAAUCUAUUUAAUAAUGGAAUAUGCAAGUGGAGGAGAAUUAUUUGAAUAUAUAGUUAAAAAUCAAAGAAUUUAAGAGAAAUAAGCCUGCAAAUUUUUAUUAUAAAUUCUAUCAGGAGUUGAGUAUAUACAUAGGAUUGGUAUUGUUCAUAGAGAUUUGAAACCUGAAAAUCUCUUAUUCGACUAAAAUUAGAAUAUUAAAAUAGUGGAUUUUGGAUUAUCUAAUACUUAUAAACCUAAUGAAUUAUUAAAGACAGCAUGUGGAAGUCCUUGUUAUGCUGCUCCUGAAAUGAUAUAAGGAUUAAAAUAUUCAGGUUACUUGAUAGAUAUUUGGAGUUGUGGUAUAGUUUUAUAUGCAAUGCUUUGUGGAUUCUUACCAUUUGAAGAUUAGAAUACUAAUUAAUUAUAUAAAAAGAUAAUUGCUGGUGAAUUAACAUUUCCUAAAUGGUUAUCAAAUGAUGCAAAAGAUUUACUUAAAAGUAUUUUAAACACAGAUCCAAAGAAAAGAUUUACAAUUCCUUAAAUAAAAGGUCAUAGAUGGGCAAAAUAAGUAAGAAUAGAUGAACAAUACAAUAUGAUUGGAAAUGAUAAUAUUUUAGUUGAUGAAAUUAUAAUAGAAUAAUUAAAAGCAUUAUAUGGAGUAGAUCCAGUUGAAUGUAGAAAAAAAGUUAAAAAGAACAGACAUGAUAAUAUAACAACUCUUUAUUAUUUAUAGAUUCAAAAAAAUAAAAGAAAUAGAACAUUUAAUUAUUUUAAAAAGGAAUCAGAUGAUCCUCUUUCAUUAUCUAAUGGAUUAAAUACUUCUAUACUUGAUUCGAAUAAUAUAACAAAAUAGAGAUAACAUACUAGCAAUAAAUAAUCUCCUUAACAUAGAAUUAUAACUUCUAUAAAUAAUACUAGAUAAUAAUCUCCUUCACCAUAACCAUUAAAAUAAAAUACUAGACUUGAUUCACCUAAAUAAAAUAUGGUUUUAUUAAAAAGAGAAAUUAUUAAAAGACCUUAAAUAAAACCAUUAAUUCCACCUUAAAUGAAAGUUAUUACUUAAGUUGUUAAUAAUUCAAUAUCUAGUGUUGGAACUAAUGGGAAUACUCCUAUUUCUACUAAUAGAAAAUAAACUGAAGACUCUUUCUCUUUAGAUAAAAAUAAAAUUAAAGUAAUAUUUCAAAUUUAUAAUAGUUUACAGGAAGAGAUCGUGCUACUAGUGCUAUAUCUGAUUAUACUAUCUCUGUUAAACCUAAACAUCCUGUAUUAAAAAUACAUAAAGGAGCAUUUAAUUUAAAAUGCACUACCAAUAGAGAUCCAGAUAGAUUGGUUGAAGAUUUGAAAAAAUCAAUGAAUUAAAUGCAAAUCAAGAUCUUAUAAGUAGUUUAUUCUUUAAUAACCUAUAGUAAAAUGAUCCUUAUGAAAUAUUAUGUUAAUUUAAUCUCAACAUUAAAUUUGAAAUUUCUAUUAGAUAGAUAUACAAUUGUGAUAAUUUAUACUUAUUGA